AUGAAUUUGCUAAUCUCCCCUACUCAGAUCCAAUGCUCUUUAACCGAUCCUCUUUCCAGUCCCACUCACCUGGUUUUGUCCGGAAAUGCAACCUCAUACCCAGCCGAAUUCGAUGAGACAGAAUCUAUCUUGAAUGAGAGUGUGACGUUGUCGAGUCUUUUGUCUUCUAACCCGUUCAAGCUGUGCCAGGACUUCUUUUCCGCCCUCCAGUUCGACUCUUCCGAUAUCCUAAAACCCCCCACGGUGAGCUUCAAAGACGUAGAACAGUCGCCAGGUUCAAAUCUGAACAAGUUUCAGUUGUUGAUGGAUAAAUCCCCAUUAAGCGUGGUUAGCCUUGCACCAUGCGACGGCUUGAGCUCCAUGAACUCUCCCAUCCUUUCCGUUUCCUACUCUCCAGAGAUUAAUGCAAACUACAAACAAAACCUUUUGCGACGCAAGCUACUCGAAGAGCUUAUCAAUAGCGAGGAAAGCUACGUAUCCUCACUAAAGCUACUUGUUACCGUGUAUCUCCAACCAGCACUCGAUAGCAGACGACCGGCAACUGGGAUUCCAAUUAUUGCCCUAUUCGAAGUAUCCACGCUUCUUCUUUCAGUCCACCAGACACUCUUGCUCCAAUUACAUAGGCUUUUUAGAGUAAAAUACCGGGAAGCGUCAACAAAUAGCGAAACCAUUGCCUCUGUGUUCUCUUCUACCAUCACAGCCGCGGCAGCCGACCUUGUCGCCAACAUAGGGGUUUCUCCCUUCUUGUACAUAGCUUAUUGUGCCAUCUACGAGGAGGUUCUACAAUUAAUACACCACGCCAGCAUAAACUCUUCCGUGGAAAAGGUCAAUUGGCUCCAGGGUUGUCGGAAAUUUCUAGAAACUUCUCAACCAAGCGACAAUCACCUUGACUUGUCAUUUGUGUCGCUAGCCCAAAAACCGAUUUCAAGAAUAUCCAAGUACAGGUUAGUCCUUGAAACACUUUUAAAACACACGUCCUUAACCGAUGCAUCGGCUUAUCAGCAAACGGAAAAUGCUUUGGAUAUCCUUAUCAAUAAACUCCAAAUAAUUAAUGAUCUGCCCGGCAACCUCAUUGUCGUCGAAUGUACCCAGCAACUCUCUUCAUUGUUAUAUUUUCCGAGUACAAAGUCUGUUCCUCUAGAGUUCUUUGGAAAAGUUCUUCUAACAGGAGCUUUAAACUGUUGCUGGGUCGACCGCAACAAAAAGGUGCGCAGCGAGUAUAUGUGCUGUUUCUUGUUCAAGUCUCAUUUUAUUCUCGCCGACGCUGCAAAGAACUCAACUAAGGCGAAUGUGAAAUUUGUCAUCUCCCUUUCAGCCUCAAAGAUAAUUUUACAGGGUACCGAAGAUUUAUGUUUCUCCGAAGGUUUAAACACCCGCUACGCCCAUUGCUUCAAACUUUUCUUCGAGAAACAAUUUUCUGUUUUCGAAAUCUUAAUGAUUGCGAUGAACGAGCAAGAAUUAGUGAUCUGGCAGGAAAAGCUUGAUCUCUUGAUCAAUUUUGUUAACGGCCCGUAUCAGUGGGACUACUCUGCAUCAGAUAUGGAGUAUGAUCUAGCUUCAGAAAUUCCUUCCACUAUUUGUGCACUUGACGUGUGUGUCAGUAAGUCUCGUGAGCUCUCCAGCUUGUCGUCAUGCUACUUUUCUGAGGUCAUCCCACUAAGGAUUUUGCAUUUUGUUGAAACCCAGACUGCUGGCGAGGAAGGAAACCCAAAACUGAGGGAUAGAAACAGAUGCACAGAGAUUUGUGUUAAGAAGCUGCAAAGGCUACAUUCCCAGACCCGACUUGGACCCUUGUGGAGUCAUGAAUUGCCGUUGCUUCCGGAGCGAUCACGCAGUUUUCACGGUACAAUCAGAAGUUUAAGACUACAUACACUCAUCACGACACCAGAAAGUAGCAUUGACCCUACACUGGACUUGAUGGAAGUCGAGCAUUCCCGUGGGAGAGUCACUCGUGUUUGCUCUGGCAGUCUGAUUUUCCAUGUCUCGGAAAAACACCCAGAUUCCCAUGAUGGUGACCCUUCAAUGAUCCGAAGAGCUUCUUCAACCAUCACAUCCCUCUUUCGGUCAAGGUCUAAACCCUCUUACCAGGGGUGA